AUGAGCCGCGGCAGCCGCGGGUCCCCCCAGCGCCGCACCCUCGGGGCUCCCCCGCCCGUCCCCGCUGCCCCGGGCCGGGUGGCGGCGGCGGUGGCGGCACGGAGCGCGGAACGGGAGGAGCUGGCGACACUGAACGAUCGUUUCGCCGCUUUCUUGGAGCGGGUCCGGGCGCUGGAGCGGCAGAACGGAGCCCUCCGAGCUGCUCUGGGCCGAGCCGCCGCCGCUGCCGCGCCCGGUGCCACCGGGUUGGUGCGGGGGGAGCUGCGGGGGCUGCGGGAGCGGCUGCAGCGCCUCGGUCAGGACCGGGACCGGCUCCAGGCAGAACGGGACGGGCUGGCCGCCGACCUGACGGCUCUGCGGCGGCGGCUGGAGGAUGAGACACAGAAGCGAGAGGAUGCUGAGAAGAACCUGGUGCUGUUCCGCAAGGAUGUGGACGAUGCCACCUUGUCCCGCCUGGAGCUGGAGCGCAAGGUGGAGCUGCUGAUGGACGAGAUCGGCUUCCUCAAGAAGCUGCAUGAGGAGGAGUUGCGGGACCUGGAGGUGAGCGGCCCGGGCGCGGCGGGGCCGGUGGAGGCGGAGGUCUGCAAGGCCGAGCUGACUGCGGCGCUGCGGGAGAUCCGCUCCCAGUACGAGAGCAUCGCCGUCAAGAACCUGCAGGAAGCAGAGGACUGGUACAAAUCCAAGUUUGCUGACCUCUCAGAUGCAGCAAACCGCAACCACGAGGCGCUGAGGUUGGCCAAGCAGGAGAUGAAUGAGUCAAGGAGGCAGAUCCAGAGCCUGACCUGCGAGGUGGAUGGGCUGAAGAGCAUGAACGAAGCCCUGCAGAGGCAGAUGAGGGAGAUGGAGGACGAGUUUGGGGAGGAGAUUGGGAACUACCAGGACGUGGUGGGGAGGCUGGAGCAGGAGAUCCAGCAGCUGAAGGAGGAGAUGUCGAGACACCUGCGGGAGUACCAGGAUCUGCUCAACGUCAAGAUGGCCUUGGACAUCGAGAUCGCCACCUACCGCAAGCUGCUGGAGGGAGAGGAGGGCCGGAUCACCACUCCCCCGCACCCUGCUACCUCCUUCAGCAUGAGAAGCUCAGGGUACCGACAGCCUCUUGGUGCCCCAGAGCCUGCGGAGAGCCCAGCACGGAGGAUGGUGCUGAUCAAAACCAUCGAGACUCGGGACGGGCAGCAAGUGGUGACUGAGUCGCACAAGGAGAGAGAAGAGCCAGGGAAGCUGAUCCCCCACCUGUCACCGACGGGCUGGGCCAAUCGCAGAAGGACACUUGCCCUGCUGCGGUCGCUGAUUGGUCGGUUCUGGGCGGCACUGCGCUACGGCGGCGUUUCUGAACCGGUGGCCGGUCCCGGUCCCGGCGCUGACGGCGGAACCAGUGCCUGGCUCCCGCCCUGGUGUCGCCGUUUCCCUUCCCACUCCUCCCGGUGCCACCGUGUCCAGGGAAUUGGAGGGGUUGGAGGCGGUCAGCACGGCCGGGGAGAGUGGGACCGGGAACGGGCCAAGGACCCCCUCACCGGCCACGCUCGGUGCGAAGGUACCGGAGGCGGGGCCCAGGCCCGAGGAACGCGCCGUGUCCUGGGGGAUGCCGACACAGGGCGCAGGGCGCCCGCCGCGGAGCGGCGGAGUGGACGGCGGGAGCGUGGACGGCAGGAGAGGGGCUCCAGUGAUGCUGAAGCCCCUCCCCGGUUCCUCGGCCGAUCUCCCCGGUUCUUCCUGCCCUACCCUCCGCCACCCCCGGGGGCAACCAGGACCCUGACCCACCGGGGAACAGGAUGGGGAGACGCCACGAACACUGCACAGGGAAUAAGUGACUGA